CACGCACUGCGCCCACAACUCCCCAUACAACGCUCAUUCCUCUAUUUGGCUCGUGAAGUCGUGAUGAAACCCUUCCUGUCUCCCUCUCUCGAUCUGCGCCGCCGGCUCACUUCCCUCGAUCUGCGCUCGGCUCUUCCACUGCGGCACAUCAAGGGAAGAAGAUGGGAUUGGGGGGCGAGCGGCUGCGGAGCGCGGGCGGCCUGCGGCGGGCGAGGGCCUGCGGGGCGGCGAAGAGGGGAUACUCCGGUGGGCUACCAGCGGCGACAGAGGCUUAGCGCCUGCUUCUUCUCCAGAUGGUUCAUCGCCAACUCACUGCUGCUCAUAGAGGAAGAGAAACAUAUAUGGUGGAUGAUGUCUAUCAUGCUUUUGCAGGUAACUUCCAAGGACAGUUACAACAAUUCUGGAGCAUGUAUUGUCCUCAGUCCUCCUGAUUUUGCUACCGUCAUUUCCAUAGUAUUCAAGAUGUAAAACCUCGACCUGUGGAAGUAAUUGUUUCCGAUGAAGAGUUAAAUCUAGCGCCAUGGAUGACAACAAUUCAGGCUUUUAACUAAAUAUUUUGUCAUGUUCGCAAUCGGCUGGUUCAUUUAACCUGAUAUGUAUCCACAUAACCAUCAGGUAAAAUAUUUCAUCAAUUAAUUAGUGGAAAUAUUGAAUAUAGAGAGUCAGCAUCACAGUUCGGAGGGAGCUUCAUUUCUCAAACUUUCUGGAGCAGAUAUUCUUGGUCAUUUUCGAAGGAUGGGUGCUGGACUUGGCACAUUUCCCUGAGAGGAUUGUUCCGGCAGUAAAUAGUGGUUUUUCAUGGAAUUAUGUAUUUGUAUUCGGCAGUGCCUCACGUACGAUCAAAGCUGGUCCGAUUUGGUACGAUAGCGCAAUCCACUGUGAAUCCACCUUGAGCCAGCGUUGAUCAACGGUGGCCAUACUACUUCGUACAGAAAUCGUACAAAUUCUGUCAUACGUGAAGCAAUGCUCAUUUGUAUUACGCCCUGCUACCAAUUUUGAUUCUUGUUCUCUGGUAAUCUACAGAACAUGAAUUCUAACUGUGUCCAACCAUAAGGGCAGGACGCAUCCCUCAUUUUGUCAUGUAUUUGUUUUUCUCUUGAGUUUCUAUGAAAGAGAUAGUUGUUAGGCUCCGUAAAACCAAUAGAAAGUAUGAAACAAUGAAACAUCCGGAUGCUGUUACCUUUUUCCUAAAUUAGUCCUUUCAAG